GUCUGUGUUUGUGAAAGAGGAGGGGGAAGCUUGUUAGAAUGUAACUCAAAUUAAUUUUCAAAAAAUAGAUUUAAUAAAAUAAAAGCUAAAUUCAACAAGAGUUGCAUCCUUAAUUGUCAUAUAAAUAUCCGUCACAAGUCUCUCUUCCCAUCGGUGUGAUAUAUAGAUGAAGCAAUUAAAACAAACCAUGAUGCUAAGUUUUGCAGAGAGGAAUAAAAGUCCGAACUGGCUCCAGAGACGGUUUUCUGGACAAACAGGCCGGGAUUAUGAUAUCAGUGAUAGUGUCGAGUACCCAACAGCAGUUGCAGCAGCUGCAUUUGCAGUUAAAUUGCUUGAAGAAUCAAACAUCCCAGAUCAGAGAAAGACUGGUGGGGGCCUUGAUACCUCCAUGACCAAGACCAAGAGUAAAUCAGAAGAAAUAACUCAUGCAUCAGAAUCUCGUCGGCGAUCCAGAAGAUUCUCAGAUGAUAGGGGGCAAAAAACCAUAGCCACGGAUGGGAAGAUGCCUGAAAAGUCCGUUGGCCCUGCCCCAUCCAUCAGAAAGACACUAACUUUUGCAGAUCAGCUCUCGAAUGACAAUGCUAAUAAGAAACCUGAAAAUGCAGAGCUCGGAACAUCCAUCUAUCCUGCUCCAGCCAUCAGAAAGACUCCAACUUUUGCAGAUAAGCUAUUUGACCGCACAGCCAGUAGAAAAACUGAAAGUCAAGUGCCAAACCCUGAACUUCCCUCCACCAAACAAUCCACAUUCUCACCAGCAGAAAUCAAAAGGCAGAGUUCAACAAAACCUGGAGGUAAUGAGUCUGAGGCAGAUGCUUGGGAGAAAGCUGAGAUGGCUAAGAUCAAAGAAAAGUAUGAGAAGUUGGCUGCCAGAAUUCUUGCAUGGGAGAAUGAGAGGAAGACAAAAGCCACAACCCGAUUGAGUAAAACAGAGGUUUCAUUUUCUUUUUAUCGUAAAGCUUAUGAAAGCAUGAAAUACUGAUCAGCCAGAGCUGAAACUAACAUAAUCAAACUGCAGGCUGAAUUAGACAGGAAAAGAGCAAAAGCCUUGCGACAAUACCGCAGCAAGAUCGAAAGCAUUGAUCAUAUUUCAGGAGGAGCGAGAGCACAAGCAGAGGAAAAUCAAAGAAAUGAAGAGUUCAAGGUGAAAGAGAAGGCAAACAAAAUCAGAUUGACAGGGAGAUUCCCGGCUACAUGUUUCUGCUUCUGAUCCUCAUCAUACACUUGUAAAAACUUAGAAUCUAUAAAAUUCUCCAAUUGUAAUCAACUCAAAAACCGAAAUUCCUUUACAUGAUUCAGCAUUGUAUGUGGAUGAGAAAUCACUAAAUUAACUACCUGGUACCAUCAAUUAAACCAAAUAAAUAAGUCCUAUGGAAAGAGAAAUGGGUUCAGAUAUUGAGCUGCCUAUCAGGUACAAACCUUAGUCCAUGCAAUUUGGCAAAUAAUCACAUGGUGCUUUCACUUAUUGUGCCAGAUAUAUUUUGGGGAGGCUGGGAUAUCAGAA